CACCCCUGAGUAGCAAAGGCAGCACGACAGUUGGAAAUUCGUUCAUGUCCACCGCGUUACAUACCAACAACAUGGUUUCUCCUCUGCUUUUAGCCAUACUCCUCCUCGUGUCAUCAGCUUUGUACCCCUUGUCAUGUGCGGCAGCGCCGGCUGAUGGCACCACGGACACGAGCAGAGAUGCUCUGCUCUGCCUCAAGUCCCGCCUCCACGGUGCCACCACAGCCAUGGCCACAUGGAACCACACCACCGCACCAGAUUUCUGCACCUGGCACGGGGUCGCAUGCACCAGGAGCAGGCCAAGGCAACCACCACUCGUCGUGGCCCUGGAUAUGGAGGCCGAGGGCCUCGCCGGUGAGAUCCCUCCCUGCAUCGCCAACCUCACUUCUCUGGUAAGGAUCCACUUGCCCAACAACCGGCUCUCCGGUCAUAUCCCGCCGGAGCUUGGCCGGCUCUCCGGACUCCGGUACCUCAACCUCAGCUUCAACGCGCUGAACGGCACCAUCCCGUUCACUUUCGGCGUGCUUCACAACCUUUCUUCUCUAGACCUGGGCGGCAACGGGCUUUCCGGCGUGAUUCCGCCGCUGCUAGGGAGCUCGCCGGCUCUAGAGCACAUCAGUCUCUCCGACAAUCUUCUUGACGGAGAAAUCCCACCGUCGCUGGCGAAUAGUUCCUCGCUUCGUUACCUUUCACUUGACAACAACAGCAUUGAAGGGGUAAUCCCUGCGUCCCUUUUCAACUCCUCAACCAUCACGGAGAUACACCUUUGGCACAACAAUCUUUCCGGUGCAAUUCCACAUUUCAUCAUGUUCCCUUCAAAACUCACCUACAUAGACCUCUCCCAAAACAGUCUUUCCGGAGUGGUGCCGUCGUCGGUAGCAAACCUCUCGUCCCUUACCUCGCUCGACCUCUCGCACAACCAGUUGCAAGGACCCAUUCCUGAUUUGGGUAAGCUUGCUGGCCUACAAAUCCUUGGUCUCUCGUAUAACAGUCUGUCAGGAGUAGUACCACCCUCCAUUUACAAUAUGUCUUCAUUGAAUUAUCUUACGCUAGCCAGCAACAAUCUUGGAGGAACGCUGCCUUCUGAUAUGGGUAUCACACUUCCUAACCUCCAAACACUGAGCAUGGCUGAUAAUCAUUUUGUGGGAGACAUCCCUGCUUCACUACAAAAUGUCUCCGGUAUGAUGUAUAUCCAUAUGGCCAACAACUCUCUCACUGGUGUGGUUCCUUCUUUCAGCUCCAUGAAAAAUUUGGAGUACGUAAUGUUGUACUCGAAUCAUCUAGAGGCUGGAGACUGGACAUUCUUCUCCUCUUUGGCGAAUUGUACCCAACUGCUGAAACUGAACGUCGGUGACAACAACUUGAGUGGGGAUUUGCCAGCAAAUUCCAUAGCAAAUCUCCCCAAAAGCAUGACCGCUCUAACUCUUCGGUCAAACAACAUCUCUGGCACCAUCCCAUUGGAGAUUGGAAACCUUUCUAGUCUUUCCAUGCUCUAUCUUGAUACUAAUCUUUUCAUGGGGCCUAUACCUUUCACCCUUGGUCAGCUACGCAAUCUAGUUCAACUUAGCAUGUCAAAAAACAAAUUUUCAGGAGAGAUACCCCCUUCCAUUGGGGAUCUACAUCAACUGGAAGAGCUCUAUUUGCAAGAAAAUCGGUUGAGUGGAAGCAUACCUGAAAGUCUAGCUAGCUGUCAGAACUUGGUUGCAUUAAACCUUUCAUGUAAUACUCUUGGUGGAAGCAUAAGUGGACACGUGUUGGGCAGCUUGAACCAACUGAGCUGGCUACUUGAUUUAUCACACAAUCAACUUGCAAUGUCCUUACCACUAGAGAUGGGUAGCUUGAUAAACCUUGGAUCCUUGAACAUCUCUCACAACAAUAUUACAGGCAUAAUCCCGUCCACACUUGGCAACUGUGUCCAGUUGGAAUCGCUUCGUUUAGAAGGGAACCUCCUGCAAGGAAGCAUUCCACAAUCACUAGCAGGCCUCAAAGCCAUCCAAGUGUUAGAUUUCUCCCACAACAAUCUAUCUGGUACAAUACCGGAGUUCCUCGGGACCUUCACCACGUUGCAGUAUCUUAAUAUGUCCUUCAACGACUUGGAAGGACCAAUUCCCACUAGUGGAGUGUUCUCUAACACAAGUGGUGUUUUUGUCGAAGGAAAUCCACACCUUUGUGCAAAUUUUGUGGUACAAGAGCUUCCUAGAUGCUUUGCUUCGGUACCCACAAAAGAACACAAGUUUGUCAUCCCAGUGUUGAUAGCCCUAUCAGGCCUUGCUGCACUGGCUUUGAUCUUGGGGAUGUUCAUUUUUUGGUUGAAGAGGGGGUACAAAUCCAAUGAGAACAUUGUCCAUUCAUACAUGGAGCUGAAAAGGAUAACAUAUAGUGAUGUUAACAAUGCAACGGAUAAUUUUUCCCUAGUCAAUGUAGUCGGCUCCGGGCAAUUUGGGACUGUCUACAAAGGCUGGUUCGAUGCACAAGAUGGUACAGUUGCUGUUAAAGUCUUCAAGCUCAAUCAGCAUGGCGCAUUGCAUAGCUUCGUUGCUGAGUGCAAAGCAUUGCAACACAUCCGCCACCGGAAUCUCGUGAAGGUGAUAACCGCGUGCUCAACUUAUGACCCAGUGGGAAAUGAGUUCAGGGCUCUAGUAUUUGAGUAUAUGGGUAAUGGAAGCCUUGAAAACCGACUCCAUAACCACCAGUGUGGUGGUUUGAGUUUAGGCGCAGUGAUGUGCAUAUCAGUUGACAUUGCUUGUGCUCUUGAAUACCUACAUAAUCAGUGCAUCCCACCAGUUGUUCACUGCGAUCUGAAACCAAGCAACAUACUUUUCGACAAUGACGAUACUGCACGUCUCUGCGACUUUGGUCUGGCAAAGCUAAUUCAUGGUUGUUCAUCUGGAGGGCAGAGUGGCACAACAAGCAUAGUUGGACCAAGGGGAUCUAUUGGGUACAUACCUCCUGAGUAUGGUAUGGGCGGUGAAAUCUCCACCGAGGGAGACAUUUACAGCUAUGGCAUUGUUCUUUUGGAAAUGCUAACACGGAAACGGCCUACUAAUGAAGAGUUCAGUGAUGGCUUGACGCUCCGCAAGUAUGUAGAAGCAUCACUUUCACGAACCCAAGAUAUUCUUCAACCCAGCCUUACUUUGGUGACGGGAGAUCAGUUUGCUGAUCAAAUCCGAAACUUGCAAGAAUGCAACACAUUUGCGCUGAAGGAUAUGUGUGCUCUUCGUCUCCUUAAACUUGGCUUAUUAUGCUCUGCGGAAUCACCGAAGGAUCGCCCAGUGAUGCACGAUGUCUACAGUGAAGUCACUGAAGUAAAAGAGGUGUUUUUCUCCAUGGAUAACCGAAGCAAUGACCUUACAUUAUUAAGGAAAAAAGGCGGUCGAUGAAGGUGAAGCUUGUUGCUUCGACCACGGCAUGAAAA